AUGAAGGGAUCCACCAACGUGGUUUACCAAGCCCAUCAUGUCAGCAGGACUAAAAGAGGACAAGUUGUUGGCACCAGGGGAGGAUUCCGAGGCUGCACGGUUUGGCUCACAGGCCUUUCUGGAGCUGGCAAGACAACCAUUGGCUUUGCUCUGGAAGAGUACCUGGUGGCUCAUGGCAUCCCGUGCUACUCCCUGGACGGUGACAACGUCCGGCACGGCUUGAACAAGAACCUGGGAUUCUCGGCCCAGGACCGCGAGGAGAACAUCCGGCGCAUCGCCGAGGUGGCACGGCUCUUCGCCGACGCGGGGCUCGUCUGCAUCACCAGCUUCAUCUCCCCCUUCAUGAAGGAUCGUCAAAAUGCACGGAAAAUUCAUGAGGCAGCUGGACUUCCUUUCUUUGAAAUCUUUGUAGAUGCUCCUCUAAAUAUUUGUGAAAGCAGAGAUGUGAAGGGCCUGUACAAAAAGGCAAGAUCUGGAGAGAUCAAAGGGUUCACGGGGAUUGACUCAGAGUAUGAGAAACCAGAAGCUCCUGAGCUGGUGCUGAAAACAAACAUUGCCUCAAUAUCUGAGUGCAUCCAGCAGGUCGUGGAGCUCCUCCAAGUACAGAACAUCGUGCCCCAAGGCUCAGUCAAGGAUGUUCUGGAGCUGUUUGUGCCUGAGGAUAAACUCAGCAGUGUCCGGGCUGAAGCAGAGAAGCUGCCAGCGGUGGAGAUCACAAAGCUGGAUCUGCAGUGGGUGCAGGUGCUGAGCGAAGGCUGGGCCACUCCUCUGACGGGAUUCAUGAGGGAGGCAGAGUACCUGCAAGUGCUGCACUUUGGCACCCUCCACAAUGGAAAGAGGCGCUUGGGAGCUGAUGGCGUGGUGAACCUGAGCAUCCCCAUCGUGCUGCCGGUGUCGGCGGAGGACAAGGAGCGGCUGGAGGGCAGCGCGGCGCUGGCGCUCAGCUUCCAGGGCCGCCGAGUCGCGGUGCUGCGCGACCCCGAGUUCUUCGUGCACAGGAAAGAGGAGCGCUGCGCCCGCGUCUGGGGCACCACCUGCACCCUCCACCCACACAUCCAGAUGGUGAUGGAGAGUGGAGACUGGCUGGUUGGUGGAGACCUGGAGGUCCUGGAGAAGAUCAAAUGGAAUGAUGGGCUGGACCAGUACCGCCUGACCCCGCUGGCUCUCAAGCAGAAGUUCAGGGAAAUGAAUGCUGACGCCGUCUUCGCCUUCCAGCUGCGCAACCCCGUGCACAACGGGCACGCCCUGCUCAUGCAGGACACGCGGCGCCAGCUCCUGGAGAGGGGCUACAAGAACCCCGUGCUCCUGCUGCACCCCCUGGGGGGCUGGACCAAGGAUGAUGAUGUCCCUCUGGAGUGGCGCAUGAAGCAGCACGCGGCCGUGCUGGAGGAGCAAGUCCUGGACCCCAAGUCCACCAUCGUGGCCAUCUUCCCCUCUCCCAUGCUCUAUGCCGGCCCCACGGAGGUGCAGUGGCACUGCCGAGCCCGCAUGGUUGCGGGGGCCAACUUCUACAUCGUGGGGCGUGACCCGGCGGGAAUGCCGCACCCCGACACCAAGCAGGACCUGUACGAGCCCACACAUGGAGGGAAGGUGCUGGGCAUGGCCCCCGGCCUCACCUCCGUGGAGAUCAUCCCCUUCCGGGUGGCUGCCUACAACAAGCUCAAAAGAGCCAUGGAUUUCUACGACCCCAAAAGGCACGACGAUUUUGACUUCAUCUCAGGAACACGCAUGAGGAAGCUUGCUCGGGAAGGGGAAAACCCCCCAGAUGGCUUCAUGGCCCCCAAAGCCUGGAAAGUCCUCACCACGUACUACCAGUCACUGGAAAAAAAGAAUUAA